UCCCAUCGUCGCGCAUCGUUCGACACAAUCGCGUAAUAUUCGCGUUUCCUCUCCUCUUCGCAAGACGAUCGACGUACAAGUUGCGAUAACAAGUUGUGAUAACGCGGCGGCAGUAACGUCUGCGCGCGAUCUCUCGCCUGCGGGCGAUUUGAAUUUUUUUAACGCCGUAUAUCGGCCGGUCCGAUGUGUUAUGUAGAAAUUGUCGAAAAUAUAUCGCUGUCGCGCGUCACCGUAGCGCGAGAACCGCGCGCGGAUUCAAGGAAAUCAUGACGAUAUUUAAUAAUAUCGAUGUCGGAUUUUCGUGGUUUCCUAAAUUUUGAUUCACACGAACGUGCCAAACGAUGGUCGAUUACUACAAAAUCCUCGAGAUACAGCGGAACGCCACGAACGGUGAUGUCAAAAAAGCAUAUAGAAAGUUAGCGCUGAAAUGGCACCCAGACAAAAAUCCGGAGAAUUUGGAGGAGGCGAAUAAACGAUUUAAGGAAAUAUCAGAAGCUUACGAAGUGUUGAUUGAUGAUGUGAAGAGACGCACUUACGAUCAGCGCUUGUAUCAGAGGGCGGCGUCGAGACCCGGCCGUGGAUUCACCUUCCGGAGUUUCUUUGAUUCUCCCUUCCAGCGAUACUUCGACAAGAAGAGGCGCGUUUAUGAUCAAUUUGGCAAGGAUGGUCUUGAAAUGAAUGGAGGCAAACGCCGCCAUGGAGAUGAUUUCGACCCGCAUUUCGCCGGCACGUUCGUAUUUAGAGACCCCGAGGAAGUAUUUAGGGAAUUCUUCGAUGGCAUGCCGUUCGACGAUUUGUUUUCCGUGUUUGGUGGCAGUUCCCGAAGAGACCCCGGAGGAAGACACAGUAACAGUCUAAGCACUUCCAUCUUUGGACCGUUUGGAUUCGAUUAUCAAUUUCGUAAUAUUUUACCAUUUGAUAAUGGCGGAUUCACCGGAAAUUUCACUUCUUUUAACAGCAUUGACGGAUUUGGCUCCGGUGCGGCUGUAAAACGUACCAGUACCUCAACUCGUUUCAUCGACGGAAAGAAAAUUACAACCAAAAAAGUUUAUGAAAACGGGAAAGAAACAAUAUGGUCUUACGAAAACGAUGUACUGAAAUCGAAGACGGUGAACGGUGUACCGCAAUCAAUAACGUUCGACAGUGCAUCGACGAGUGGUCAGGUCUGUGCGAAUGUCAGCGAUAAUACGGUGGAUAGCCACAGCGCGAACGCGACCAGCAGUGACUAUCUAAAAGCUAGCAGGGUAAAGAUGCGUCAUCAUCCGCUCACGAGUAAGAAGCACGAUAGAAGUAAGAAGAAAUAAAUCGCUCUUGUCAAGUUCCUUAUGUAUCCAAGUCCACGCAACAACAUUAUUGUGCUACAUUUGACAGAGAUUCGAUGAGGAUAUAAAUUUUUCAUUUUAUAACCACCUACUCUACAUUAUCUAUCUACUACUAUUACCUGUUCAUUGUCUCAGCUCUAAUUCAUUUAUCAUUAAAGUCUGGAAAACAAAUCUUAAUACAUUCAUAAAUUUAUCGAGAGGGAGAGGACACACACUCUAUCCGAAUCAACUAUCAAUCAAGUUAGCUUGAUCCAUUUAUUGAGCACAUCUCACAUGCGGAAAAGCACGAAAACUUUGUAAUAAAAAAAUUUCAUUCGAAGAAACAUUCAGAGAGCCUUCGGUUUAAACGAAAACGAAUGGUGCGCUAUCUAUGUUAUUGUUGAAUCAUUUAGUUUUGUAAAAACAAAAACAUAAAACCAAGUCGUUCUCGAAUUUAGUUCGAAUUUGAAACAGAAACGAUAGCGUGUCGCGCUUAUACGCCGAGAGAAAAAAAAACUUGCAAGUAACAUCUGCCUCGUCUUUUAGUUAUAGAAUUAUAACCGAUGCCGUUUCUUCAUUAUAACUCAAACCUCGAUUAAAUGUAUCGCUAGGUUACAGAACUGACACAAACUUACGAAUUUUUUUCGAAAUAAUAAUAAUAAAAAAAAACAAGCAAAAAAUUGCCUUAUGCAUAUCUCUCGUAUCGGUUGGUAAUAGUGUAAUUUAUUUUCUUGCGUAUAUAUUUUUAUUAUCGUUGGCUAGCGUUAUUUAUAUAUACCAGUUUAAGUUCUAGCUGAAUGUACGCUGAAGUGCACCACUGAAACUGUGUUAGAAGAACCGUCUUCAAUCGUGUACGUUUCUUUCGUUUCAUUAGUUAAUUUACAUAUGUGUAUAUAAAUGAUAAGGAAACAAUGUUAUAGAAAAAUACAUUAUUAAUAUACACUAAUUUCCUUGGAGUGUCAAUGUGAAGCUAGUAAAACUGACGUCCCUUUUCCCCAACAUUCUUCAAAGAUGGAAAAUCAAUUUGACAAUGUCAUUAAUGCGAGAAGCAAUUUUAUGUGAACAGUAUUAAACGCGCGCGAGCGCAAGUGUGAAUACAAGAAGUUUGUAAACAAAUGACAAAAUUAUACAAAACGUAGCUUGUACAUAUCUACAGUAAUAAGACCAUGACGUUUGAGCAUGUUUUUUUUUUUUAGAAUCCAAGCGUUGUACUAAGAAAUUUCUAAAUAACUGAAAGAGAUAU